GUAUAUAAUCUCCUUCCUUCUUUCUUUCUCUCUCACGUCAAAGUUCAAAAAGCAACUUUGCCUUCUACACUGUUUCUACUUCUGGCGCCAUUUUUAUUUCUCCUUCAUUGUUCAAUCCUCUCUCUCUCUCUCUCUCUCUCUCUCUCUCUCCUCCACUUGUCCAAGCUAGUUAAUUCUCUCUUUUUGUGUCUUCAAUGAACGAAAAGGAGAGCACGGUGUCUGGGUCACCGGGUAACUCGGAGACUGAGUCACCGCCACCCGUGACGAGCAACAUGGCGGCGGUACAACCUCAGGUGGUGAACAUGAACAUGAACACGAACAUGAACAUGAACACGAACACCAACACGAACACGAACACGAACACGAACACGAACACGAACACGAACACGAACACGAACACGAACACGAACACGAACACGAACAUGGCGGUGGGGGUGGACAGAACAACGUUAGCAACAACAAUGGGAACAACGGCGACGGCGACGGUGACGGGGACGAUGAUGGUGACGACAGCAGGAUCAGGAGGAUUAGGGAGCAGCGGGAGUGGGAAGAAGAAGAGAGGGAGGCCGCGGAAGUACGAUGCCGAUGGAAACCUUAGGGUUCCAUACCAUGUCGGAUUGUCAUCAUCAUCUCCUGGUUUUUCUCUCUCUCCUUCUUCUCCUUCCAACGACUACUCUAAUUCGAAGAAAUGCAAAGGGAGACCUCCUGGUUCUGGUAACUGGCAGCUCCUUGCUUCUCUAGGUGAGUUGUUUGCAAGCACGGCUGGAGGAGACUUUACACCUCAUGUGGUUACAGUACAUACUGGAGAGGAUGUUGCAGGGAAAAUUCUCUCAUUUUCUCAAAAGGGUCCGAGAGGGAUUUGCAUUCUAUCUGCCAAUGGAGCUGUUUCUAAUGUUACUAUUCGUCAGCCGGGUUCUUCGGGUGGUAUCUUGACAUACGAGGGUCGAUUCGAAAUAUUGUCAUUAUCUGGGUCAUUCACUGUUUCUGAUUCUGGUGGUGUAAGAAGCAGAACUGGUGGAUUGAGCGUUUCACUCGCUGGACCUGAUGGUCGUGUAAUUGGAGGUGGAAUUGCUGGUUUAUUGACAGCAGCUAGCCCCAUCCAAAUUGUUGUUGGGAGCUUCAUGCCAAAUGGUUACAAAAUGUACAAAAAGAAACUCCAGCGCGAGCAGACUUCUUCCACGAGCUUCCCACUAGGUACAGAUUCGUUAACAGCCGCAAGACCAAUCUCGCAAGCCAAGCCUGAGGGUGAGACCUGUUUGGCUCCUGGAUCUCCGGUGAAGGGACAAAGCCAUGGCGAAGCAGAUAGCUCCAGAAACGAUGUGAAGACUGCAAACUCUUUGCAUGCCGCUGGUUGGAUAUUAGGCCACGAUUCUAAUCAUCAGCGGACAUCUCCCGACAUCAAUGUGUCGGUGCCAAGCGAAUAGGAUGUGUAAAAGGUAUGUUGUUGUUUGUCUUGGCUCAAAUUUGGAAGAAGCAGAGAGAUUGUUUUUUCUGAUCUCUUUGCUGGGUAGGUUGAAAUACUGAGAGGCUGACAGGUUAAUCUAAGUGAAUAGAGAAGAUUGAUUUGUUCUGUUGUGACAAUUGGAUUUGUUAACCAAACAAAUUGGUUGUUAGGAAUUUGCUGACAAAUUUAGUCUCUAAUUCUUUUCAGCAAUGUUGGUAAGAACAUGGUUGUUU